UCCCCAGCUUCCAUCUAUCGCAACCUCAAUGGCCUGCACGGUCUGCCUGGAUUCAGAUGGCUGUUCAUCAUCUGCGGCCUAAUCACGGUUCCCAUCGCGUUAACGAGCGCUGGCGGUGUCACGUCUCCCGGCCAAGCCCAAGACGCGGCUGGAUUGGUCUCUGAUCCGCCGGGUACUGGGCGGUGGAGAAUCUAUGCGAUGUGUCUUAUCUGGAUUGUCGGCGGAGAGCUCGAGUCCAUCGGGAGCAACUCGCUCAUGGCACUCUGGAUGUCUGCCAGCGUCCAUCCAAAGUACACAAUCCCAAAUAUCAACUACUAUCCCGCCGGCGCAACAGCUGUGGCCAUUAUCGCGCUUCUGGGCACGUACGCACCGCUUUCUGCCCGAGUCAAGGAGAAUAAGCGAUACCAAGUGAAUAUCCUGAUUGCAGUGUGUAUGCUGAUAUCGUCCUCGGUCCUCCUUGCCUACCCCUCCACGGGCAGCAUAUUCUUCGCCUUCUAUCUGGCCGGUGUUUCAUACGCAGGCCAGGCAUCCAACUUUGGCUGGUGCAACGACCUUGCGCGCGGCGACGACCAAGAGCGUUCCGUGAUUCUGGCCGCGAUGAACAUGUGGAGCAACGCCUUCAACGCCUGGUGGUCUAUCGUCUUCUUCCCGGCCAACGAUGCGCCGAGGUGGCGGCGAGGGAUGGUCUCCAUCAUCGUGCUAUGCCCCCUCAUCGUGCUUCUCACGGCGUACACGAGAUGGCGGCAGAUUUCGGAGCAGAGACAUGAGCAGCGGGAAACCGUGGCAGACACAGAAGAGAAAACAUAG